AUGGCUACCGCAAUCUCCAACCAGGACCAAAAAAACAAGUAUGCAAAGUUUGUCAGCUGGAUGAUCGAUAACAAUAUCCAGGUCAGCUCUCUGCUCACUCUUCGCGAGUCUCCGCUCGGAGGCAUUGGCGUAUUUGCACGCAAAAAAAUUCCAGGAGACAGCCUACUGCUCACUGUCCCGAAAAAUGUCGUCUUGAGUCCAUCAAACUGUGGCAUUGCAAACCUGCUUGACGAUGCUGACUUCGAAGGUAUGCUCGGUCUUGCCCUCGCUUACAUGUUUGAGCGUAGUUUGGGCCCUGCAUCCCCCUGGUACGAAUACCUUCAAACAAUCGACCACUCAGCCCUUGCCCAGGAAAACCCCCGCUUCUGGGGACCCGCCGAUCAGGAACUUUUGGCCGGAACAGAGCUUUACUACCAUACCCUGCGUGUCGAGGAUGACGAUGUUACCGAGGUCUUCAAGUUCGAUGUGGCUCCAUUCAUUGAGCGUCAUGGCCUGUUUGCUGACCAACCCGAAAUGCGCACCCUCGAGUACUACCGAGAUUCACUGUUGGCUGUGGCUUCGCGCGCUUUUGAAAUCGAUGUUUACCAUGGACUUUCCUUGGUCCCUGGUGCUUGUUUAUUCAAUCACUCAGCAAAUGAAGACGUCCAUUUUGAGGUUCAAAGCCAGGUAUGUCCGCUAUGUGGAUCUGCAGACUUUUGCGAACAUCUUUUGAAUAAACUAGAGGGGGGCCAUGAUGAGGAAGAAGAAGAUGGAUGCCACGGACAUACCCAUAGCCAUGGUGAUGAUCACGAACACACUCAUAGUCAUGGUGAUGAUCAUGAGCAUAGUCAUAGCCAUAGCCACAGCCACAGCCAUGGUCAUUCCCAUAGCCAUGGAGCUGAAGAUGAGGAGGAAGAAGAAGAAGAAGAAACCGAGCUCAAUGAGGACGUACUUAGUAGUAGUUUUGAAGAUAGUGAAGACGAAUCAGAUGAUGGAUUUGAAGAUAUUGAUGAAGAUGAAGAAGAAGAAGAGGAUGAUGAUGGUGAUGAUAACGACAAUGAAGAAAAUGAUAAAGACGACGACGAAGAAGAAGAAGAAGAAGAAGAAGAGCCUCAAGACACCUGCGACAUUGUCACAAUCCAUACCAUCCCCUCAGGCCAGGAGAUUUUCAACACAUACGGCGAGCUUUCCAACCAUAAUCUGGCGUCCCGUUAUGGGUUUGUCAUCUGGGACAAUCCACAUGAGACUGUAGGGCUAAGUUUGGAGAUCCAAGCUUAUAUUGCAGAAAACAAUUUGGCCAAACGUGAAGCCUGGUGGGCCCGAUCCUUUUACGAGGCACUGUACGAGAUUCGACCUGAUCAGUAUGAAGAACUGGCCGAGGCAUACGAGAACAGAGAAGACGAAGAGGAUAAUCAUCAUGGAAGUGGUGGGAAAAAUUGGCAAGAUGGGGAGGAGGAAGAAGGCCUGCCGCCUUCCCCAGAAGAAGUUACUUGGGAAGACGAGGCAUACUUGACCAGUGACGGAAAACCCUCUGAAGGUCUUGUCAAGAUGCUCAAGGUUCUUACUCUUUCUGAUCAAGCCUUUGUUACCUUAUCCCUGCAAUUCGAGGCCGGCAACUACUCAGGACUCCAGACACCAGCAUCCAGCAGCAGCAGCAGCAGCAGCAGCAGCAGUGCCUCUUCUUCCUUCAACUCCUCCUCCCUUUCUGACAAGGCCAGAAUUCUGCUCAAGGCCCUUGUGGCACUGCGUGGAAAGCGUUAUGCAGACGGUGGCUUGUCCAGUUCCCAGUGCAAAAAAAUUAUGGACGAAUUGCAGCCUUCUAACGACCCCCGCAAAAUCAUGGCUCUCACAAUUAAAGGCACGGAGAAACUCGUUCUGGAAAGGGCAGCCGCAUGGCUCGCCAAAAUUGAAAAAAAACGAACCUCCAACACCACCAAAAAGUCUUCCAAGGCUGGUAGACGAUAG